AUGAUUGUUUGUCAGGCAUUUUUGAGAGAGCAUAGAGUAUCAUGCUACAGUGGAGAAGCUCCAGAAAAUUACAGGAAUAAACAAGUCACAGAACAGGUUGUCAAACAUCUGCUUGUACAGGCAGAGGGCAUUCAAGAGGAAACAACAAAGUCACAGUUUAUUUGCCCGCAAGACUCAGCAGAUGGGUUUGAAAGGACAUUGCAUCCAGAUCUACCUGAUAGUGACACACUAGUCCCUGGAUCUGUGAGAGGAUGGGUCAAUGUGAUUGGUGAUAUAAUGGGUCCUGUGUUGAGUGGUUUAGAUGACUUGAUCUUGUUACCAACUGGAUGUGGAGAACAAAACAUGAUCAGACUGGCACCAAACGUUGCCAUACUCGAGUACCUCUCUGUAACUAGACAGCUUACUGAGGACAUAGAGAUCAAAACUGUGGACCAUCUCAAUAAAGGGUACCAGCAACAGCUGACUUUCAUGCACAAGGAUGGUUCCUACAGUGCGUUCGGUACAGCUGAUGAUGCUGGCAGUACCUGGCUUAGUGCUUUUGUCUUCAAGACGUUACAGCGGGCUGUUGACUUUAUCUACAUUGAUAGGAAACAGAUCCAGACAAAAACCUGGGAGUUCCUGAUCAACAAACAGGGAGAGGAUGGCUGCUUUAUUGAGAGAGGAAAGGUUCUCAGUAAAUACAUGAUGGGAGGUGUGAUUGGCAGUAAAAGUGACAAGAAGAGGGCCCUGACAGCUUACGUCCUUAUUUCUAUGCUGGAAUCUUUUAAAAUGAUGAGAGAAAGAACUCCGCCGUUUGUGGCCCUUGCUGUACGAUGUAUACAAGUGGACAACCUGACAGACACAUACACUCAUGCACUUGUCACCUAUGCCAUGACCCUGUACAAGCCAAACAGUAGAUUUACAGAAAUUCUGCUGAAGAGGCUCAAAGCCAAGGCCCAAAUUGAUGGAGACACCAUGUUUUGGAAAAGAGAAAAACAGCCUGCCAUUCUGUCUGGUCAAGGUCGCGCAGCAUCCGCAGAAAUAGAAAUCACGUCUUACGCACUCCUUGCCUUGCUAACCAUGGACAAGAAUGCAGCCAUCAGUGACAUCAUGCCAAUUGUUCGCUGGCUCACCAAUCAGAGAAAUGCUUAUGGUGGCUUUGCUUCUACACAGGACACAGUUGUUGCUCUUCAAGCAUUGUCGCUGUUUGCUCAGCGUAUCUAUGGUGGUGGUCUUAAUGUAGAUGUGAACAUUGUGGAUGACUACAGCCAUUCUAAGGACAUCAGUGUCACACAUAGAAACAGUAUCAUCCUACAGAGAUAUGAUCUGGCCAAUCCAGAGUCAGAUCUUUACAUCAAUGCCAAAGGAGAGGGAUGUGUACUGAUGCAGACAACAUACAGAUAUAAUGUACAGAAGAAACAGAUACCAGAUGAUGUAUUUAAACUUACUGUGUCUACACCAGUUACAAGGGAAGCAAUUAGCAAUAACUGUCGACAGAGAAUUGUCAGAGUUUGUGCAAGUUACCAUGGCGAUGAUGAGAUGAGUAAUAUGGCUGUAAUAGAAGUGAAGCUGACCAGUGGAUGGAUACCUGAUGUCAAAUCAUUACAAUAUUUGGUGAACUCUGCAGAGACAGGCUUAAAGAAGUAUGACAUGGACAAACGCUUCCCAGAUGUUGUAAACUUCUACUUUGAUGAGUUGCACUCCAGCAGGCUAUGUUUUGAGUUCACCAUAGUUCUAGAGGUAGAAGUAGAUGAUCAAAAACCAUCAGCGGCCAAAGUAUUUGACUACUAUGAGUCUGAUUUAGAGACUACAAUAUUUUAUGAGAUGACACCAUGUUCAGAAGAAUACCUGGAACGUGUAGACGUUAGUAUCAAUGGAGAUGCCGAUUUGUACAUUGAGAGUGAUAGUGAAGUUACUAUCAACGGCAAUCAUAUACAUUCUGAUACACUGACAAAGCAGCCUAUUUCUGUGCAGAAGAACAUUGCUGCCCCAGUGUCCAGGCCUGAUGAUACGAAGGAGAGCGCACCAGCACCACCGUCAGGACCUCAGUGCCCACAGUGUGUUUCCACAGGGGUGGUCGAUGUCCUUCAUAACAUCUGCAAAAAGCAGGUUUGGAUUCUACAGCCAAAUGAAGACGGUGGAUUCUCCCUCAGAGUAAUGGCAGCAGUUGGGAUGAGUCCAGAGUUAACUAUAGCUAUUCCAGAAUCACUGGAGAUUUGUGUAGAAUGUGUCAGUUUCUUCUUGGAUAAAGGUGAGAAAAGCAUGAUGUUCCUGGAGCCCUAUGACUGGACAGACGUUGGAAGAAAUAUAGCCCAGGAGAGCACAGUGAUAAUACCCUGGUCCACAUCUGUCCAAACGUCGAUACAGCAAGUCAUGAAAUCGUGUGUCUAUCACUGAAAAAAUACUAUACUCUUUUGUUGUAACCAUAUUACUUUUGAAUAAAUAAUUAUUUUGGACUUCAAAAGCUAGUCCUCUGAUGUGACUUCUGUUUUGUGAGAUUGCUAGUUUAUACUAUAGGAAUAACUGCAGAUGUAUACAUAGUGUAAAAAUAUUUCAUGAAAGAAUUAGAACUCGGCAUUUAAGUCAAAAAGUCAACUCAUUUUGCUGGCUAUUUGUUGUCAUCCCUCAAUAGAGGGAAAUUUGGAAAAUUAUUUCUGUGAAACUGGGAUUCUUACAGCUUUUUGCCAAAAUGAUAUAGUCAUUUUGGCUUAUUCUGCACAUUGGGUAAUUCUUAAUCUGGUAAUUAAUUACAAGGAAAUAGGUAAAAAAACUUUGUCAGAGCUGUGUAUAUGAUCCUUAGAUGAACAAGAAAUUCCAAUAUAAACGCUUGAUUCAGUGUUGGUAACGUUUGUUUGAGUUUAUCAAGAAAUCACCCAUGCUCUUCCAUUCAGAAUCCAACAUGGCCACCAUCAUUUUGACUAAGUAUUGUGUGGUAAGAACUUUCAUGUCAGGAUUUCAUUUAAAUAGGGACUGAAUGCAAAUAUUUUGUAUUGAUAUCUACAGUUAUUUUCUGUUAUAGAUCUUUAAAUGUAAGUUUUAUUCUUUUAAUGAGGCAAGUUCUAUCAACAAUUCUAUUUCGAAAUGCUAGGUUCAGCUGACAAUAAACCGGUAUGUUUUGUCCAUGUGUAUAGACUCUGUGUAUAUGUAUAUUCAAUAUAGAUUCAUUUUAUGCCCCUGCCAUUAAAUAUUGGGAGGUAUAUAGUUUAUGCCCCCACCAUUAGAAAUGGGUGGCAUACAGUGUUAAACCUAGUUCAUGUGUGUUUCCUUGCAUACAUCUGUAUGUCCUGGAGUUUGUAUUCUUGUUUGGGCACAAAAUCAUGUCCCUGUUCUAAAAGGUCAAGAUCAUCUUUCGAGGUGGAUUACUUUCGUAUGAAUGAAUGAAUAUUCAUAUAACUUGGUACAAAUAUUAACCAUUGCUAGAUUAUGCAUCGCUUAUCAGACCUAGACCUUCAGCUCAAAGGUCACAGACAGAGGUAAAAGAUUUUAUUGCAUUUUUGGGGCACUUACAUUUGCCUUAGUCCUUAUGUCUGGCUGUCUGUCCAUUUGUCUGAACUUGGGCCAUGCAUAUCCUAAAAUGUAUUUUACACCUUUAAAGUCAAGGUCAUACCUUGGGCACAAACAUUCACCAUAAAAAGAUGAUGUGUCAAGUGCAAGACUUAGAUCUUUAGCUCAAAGGUCAAGAUCACUCCUAGAGGUCAAAGAACUGAAAUCAUUUUUAUUGUCUGGUCUAAAAAAUUUAUAUGCCUAGCAGGAUAUUCAGAUAACUUGGUACAAACUUUCACUUUAAUAAUCAUUGAAAUGUGAAGUCAAUUUUCUUUAACUUCCAUAACUUCAAUAUACAUGUUCAAUGGUCAAAAUGCCAUUAUUCUCACAACUCACACUUCUGUGUCCUAAGAAUUUAACUCGCAAAGUAGGGCAUCUAUGUGUCCUGUGGACACAUCUGUAGAUAAAUUCUUACUUUUUGUUAUAUCUUGAUUAAACUGUAUAUUUUAUAUCAUAUUUCUAUUGUGUGACUCGAGCUUUGAAAAUUUUUAGCUCACAUGUCACAAAGUGACAAGGUGAGCUUUUGUGAUAAUGCAGCAUCCGUCGUCCGUCCGUGCAUGCAUCCAUGCGUAAACUUUUGCUUGUGACCACUCUAGAGGUCACAUUUUUCAUGGGAUCUUUAUGAAAGUUGGUCUGAAUGUUCAUCUUGAUGAUAUCUAGGUCAGAUUUUGAAACUGGGUCACGUGCGGUCCAAAACUAGGUCAGUAGGUCUAAAAAUAGAAAAACCUUGUGACCUCUCUAGAGGCCAUACUUUUCAAUGGAUUUUCAUGAAAGUUGGUCUGAAUGUUCAUCUUGAUGAUAUCUAGGUCAGGUUUGAAACUGGGUUACGUGCGGUCAAAAACUAGGUCAGUAGGUCAAAUAAUAAAAAAAAACUUGUGACCUCUCUAGAGGCCAUAUUUUUCAUGGGAUCUGUAUGAAUAUUGGUCUGAAUGUUUAUCUUUAUAGUAUCUAGGUUAAGUUCGAAACUUGGUCACAUGCGGUCAAAAACUAGGUCAGUAGGUCUAAAAAUAGAAAAACCUUGUGACCUCACUAGAGGCCAUACUUUUCAAUGGAUCUUCAUGAAAGUUAGUCAGAAUGUUCACCUUGAUGAUAUCUAGAUCAAGUUUGAAACUGGGUCACGUGCAAUCAAAAACUAGGUCAGUAGGUCAAAUAAUAAAAAACAUUGUGACCUCUCUAGAGGCCAUUUUUUUGAAUGGAUCUUCAUGAAAAUUGGUCAGAAUUUUUAUCUUGAUGAUACCUAGGUCAGGUUCAAAACUGGGUCACAUGAGCUCAAAAACUAGGUCACUAUGUCAAAUAAUAGAAAAAAACGAUGUCAUACUCAGUUCAAUUUCAAACCUGGGUCAUGUUUGGACAGGUGAGCGAUUCAGGACCAUCAUGGUCCUCUUGUUUCUGUAUAUUUUACUUAUUACAGUGUUUUUAUAGUGUGUAAGAUGCACAAAAUCCCUUUGUUUCUUCUUCUGUAAUUACUGACUAAUGAAAGUAUUUUCUAUAUUUGACAUCAAUCUAAAGGCUUGUCCCUCUUACUUUAGUCAUACCUUUGAAAAUAAACAUCUGUGAGAGGAUAUUUGAUUUUAACUUUUAAUGGUAAUGUUGUAAAGACUGUAACCAAGCAGAUAUUCUGUACUUUGAUUUAUGAAAUAU